GAGAGUGUUUCAGUCCUUCCGCUCGGGCCUGGGGACCACCUCCUUGCAGUGGGACUCAGGGUGUGUGAGAGAGAGUGAGUGCCAGUGGAGGGCCGGCUGCCUGUGGGGCCCGACGGCGCGUGAGAUCAUUGCGGAAACAGAGCGGAGGACCGAAUCCAGUCACCUGAUUCCAGUUCAGUGCUUUUGCCAUUGUUCUACAGGGCAUUCAUCGGAGGGAAGAUAUUUUUCCUCAGCUGACACUAGCACUGCAGUUUGCUGGCCCUUGUGUCCACUGAUCAUUCUAAGAACGAGCUGUCCAAGGGCCUCUGUGUAGAUCUUCCUUUUCACUUCUUGCUUUCAUGAUGAUUAUGUACUUAGAGUGAAACCAAUCUAGAACCAGAGGAAGUAAGAGCAAGAUUCAACAAUGUCUCACCCAUCUUGGCUGCCACCAAAAAGUACUGCUGAGCCUCUUGGCCAUGUGUCUGCACGGAUGGAGACCACCCAUUCCUUUGGGACCCCCAGCAUUUCAGUGUCCACACAGCAACCACCCAAGAAGUUUGCCCCAGUCGUUGCGCCAAAGCCCAAGUACAAUCCAUACAAGCAACCUGGUGGUGAAGGUGAUUUUCUUCCACCCCCACCUCCACCUCUGGAUGAUUCCAGUGUUCUUCCAUCAGGCUCCGGAAACUUCCCUCCUCCCCCGCCCCUUGAUGAUGGUGCUUUCAGGGGACAGGGAAAUCCUGGAGGCAAGACCCUUGAGGAGAGACGCUCCAGCCUGGAUGCUGAGAUUGACUCACUGACUAGCAUCUUGGCUGACCUGGAGUGCAGCUCCCCCUACAAGCCUCGGCCCCCGCAGGGCACUACUAGUUCAACAGCUUCUCCUCCAGUCUCCACCCCUGUCACAGGACAUAAGAGAAUGGUCAUACCAAACCAACCCCCUCUGACAGCAACUAAGAAGUCUACACUGAAGCCACAGCCUGCACCCCAGGCUGGACCAAUCCCUGUGGCUCCAAUUGGAACACUAAAACCCCAGCCUCAGCCUGUCCCAGCUUCUUACACUACAGCAUCCACCCCUUCAAGACCUACCUUCAAUGUGCAGGUGAAGUCAGCCCAGCCCAGCUCCCAUUACAUGGCUGCUCCUUCACCAGGACAGUUUUAUGGUUCAGGGCCAGGGGCCCAAGGUUAUAACACUCAACCUGUCCCUAUCUCUGGGCAAGGUCCACCUCCUUCUACACGGGGAGGCAUGGAUUAUGCAUAUGUUCCACCACCAGGACUUCAGCCUGAGCCUGGCUAUGGGUAUGCUCCCAACCAAGGACGCUAUUAUGAACCCUAUUGUGCAGUGGGGCCUGGCUAUGGGGGCAAAAAUGACUCUGAUCCUUCCUAUGGUCAACAAGGCCAUCCAAAUACCUGGAAGCGGGAACAAGGGUAUAUUCCUUCUGGCCCUGGGAACCAGAACCCUGCUGGGAUGUAUCCAGUUGCUGGUCCCAAGAAGACCUAUAUCACAGAUCCUGUUCCAGCCCCCUGUGUACCACCACUGCAACCAAAGGGUGGACCAACAGGGUCCAUGGGACCUCCAGCUGCACCCUCCUCAUUCCGCCCUGAAGAUGAGCUCGAGCACCUGACCAAGAAGAUGCUGUAUGACAUGGAAAAUCCACCCGCCGAUGAGUACUUCGGCCGCUGUGCUCGCUGUGGCGAAAACGUAGUUGGGGAAGGGACCGGAUGCACUGCCAUGGAUCAGGUCUUCCACGUGGAUUGUUUCACCUGCAUCAUCUGUAACAACAAGCUCCGAGGGCAGCCUUUCUACGCGGUGGAGAAGAAAGCCUACUGCGAGCCCUGCUACAUCAAUACCCUGGAGCAAUGCAGCGUUUGCUCCAAGCCCAUCAUGGAGCGGAUUCUCCGAGCCACAGGGAAGGCUUAUCAUCCUCACUGCUUUACCUGUGUGAUGUGCCACCGCAGCCUGGAUGGGAUCCCAUUCACCGUGGACGCUGGUGGCCUCAUCCACUGCAUUGAGGACUUCCACAAGAAAUUUGCUCCCCGCUGUUCUGUGUGCAAGGAGCCUAUCAUGCCUGCCCCUGGCCAGGAGGAGACUGUCCGGAUUGUGGCUCUGGAUCGUGAUUUCCAUGUUCACUGCUACCGGUGUGAGGAUUGUGGUGGUCUCCUGUCUGAAGGAGAUAACCAAGGCUGCUACCCGCUAGAUGGACACAUCCUCUGCAAGACCUGCAACUCUGCCCGCAUCAGGGUGUUGACCGCCAAGGCCAGCACUGACCUUUAAAUCCAGUCGCCUGUUUAGCGGUUAGUUGGUGGCUCCGAGAAGGAUGAAACACAAGAAAAAUAUGAGAAGAGAAAUAGGAAAAAGAGAGGAAAGGCAUUCAAGCUAUAGGAUGGUCUCUACUUCAUCCACUAUUAACCUUUCUUUAGAAACACCUAGAAUAUGAGAUUUUUUUUCAAGUUCUUACAAUACACAUUUCACAGUUAAUCAUGUAGAACCUUGAUAGGUCUUUGUUCCCAAGGACUUGCACAUUUUUGCACGGAUUAUGCUCCAUCCCAUUCACUUCUGCAUUCCUUUAACUUUUAAUCCCUAUGUUUGUCUCACUUUUCAUCUGGUUGAAUGGCUUUUUUUAGUGUGGUAUUUGCUGUCACACAGUUUUUCCUGGGGAAGUCUGCCAACUCCCAGGUGCUUUUCAGCUUGAAGGCUCCAUCCUAUCACUUCCACACUGGCAGCAAUCAUAAAAGAUAGUCAUUCAUUUUCUGUGUAUUGAAAAAAAUUGUCUUUUAUUGCUCUAAACUAAGCAUGUCUCUUGGGAAAAAAAUGCACAAUUUUAUGUCAGGUUAUAAAGAAUUUAAACUGUAAAUUACAUAGAUUAAAAGAAGCUGAAUUUGCAGCCAUCCCAAUUCCAAAUCUAUAAUGACCAGCGGCGGGGCUCAUUUGAAAAUAGAUAUUGGUGAGAGAGAACCAAACUUCAGUAUUUUUUCUGCAGAAAUUACAGAUGGGGUAUGCUGGAUAAAGCAUUUUGGGGUUAUAUUUGAAAAGGCAUUAUUAUGCCUCAAAUAUUAGAAUUUUCUUUUUCCAUGCUACCUGGAUAUAAUAAUAUGGACAAACUUGGUUUUCUCUAGAAUAUAACUUCCAGUACUGUUCCACUUUUCAUAUCAGAUACAUUGCAAUAUUUUGUUUGUUUGUUUGUUUGGGGAGGGAGGACAUAUAAACACAACUAGCAGAAUGGUGUAGCUGUGUUCCACUAGAGGAAGAUCUCUAUAGAGAACUGUUUGAUUUUUUUUUUUUUUUCCAGGCCCAGGUCCAUUUUACCUGACAAUUACAAAUCAGGGCACAUAAAAUUGUCUUGGUUUUGUUUAGUUUGCCUUAAAAAGACGGGAAACUUGAAAAGGUUGUGAAACCACAGUUUCAUCAUUCUUAUAAUUCUUCUGCAACUCAAAAUACAUAUUGCAGGAGACAUUUUCAUAUCACUGAUGUGACAUUUACACCACACUUUCAUAGACAAUCACUGAAAAGAAAUUGCCUUUUUGAACUAAAAAUAUGCAGAGUCUGGAAUCUUUAGUCAGAUUCUUUUGGGGCAGUGAAAUGCUUGCCUGCUAACUGCAGAACCACAUACAUUUUUUUUUUUUUAAUGUUCUGACAUGUUUCCUUUAGGGAAGGACCCUUCUCUUAGUAGCAGGUUGCCAUCUUGUAAACUAAGUAUUUUGGAUUAAGAUUUGUUCAAAUCUUUUUUUAAGAUUAGGUCAACCUUUUUAAAAACUUUCCUCAAGUAUAUACUUUUAAAUUACAAAGUAUUUUAAAUAUAACAAAAAUAUAGAUGAUAAUAUAAUGGAUCUCUGUGAUAUCCAGUUUAAGAAAUCAAAUAUAACAAAUAUAGCUACAUUCGCCUGUAUACCCUUCCUUGAUUCCACAAAGAUCUUUUUCAUGAUUAGAAAGUGAUAAACUUUUCUAGUCUGACUUUUGUUUUUAAUUUUAAUACUCAGAAAUAAAAAAUUAUUUGUGAAUGUUUUGCAUUGCAAUCCAGACCUCAAGCAUCCCAAUUACAUUUAUUUUACUUUAGUAGGAAUAAUCAUAAAGGUGGUUCUUUUUCUUUUUUUUUUCAAUAAGAUACCCUUAAGCCUAUGGCUCUUCUAAGUCAAUCUGUGGCUCAUUUGCUUUGGUUACCAAACAGUUUGUUUUAGCACGACCACAGUUGGAGCUUUUCAAAGGUCCUUUGACCAUUGUGCUUUCCUUACCUUGUAUCCCUUGUCCUUGACCUCACAUUUCUCAUAAUGUGAAAUAAAAGAGGUCCACUUUGGGCAGCAUGUGGAUUUUAGGAUACAAUGGCAACUGUAUCACUGAAUUUCUGUCUUCCAAAUGAAAGGAGAGAGCAUGCUGAUGACCUCAAAGAGUACUGACCAUUAGACAAUUGGGGUGAUACUAUCUAUAAUCAGCUUAAAUUGCUUCAGCAAUUUGUUUUUUAUGAAAUACUUGGGAAAAAAAUAUCUUUUGGUCAAAAGGAAAGAGCCCAAUUUAUUGAGGGGUGGAGUUUAUCUCUUAAAAAUGCAGUCUUAUGAAUUUUGCCAAAAGAGGGAGGAUUUAUGAAAUAUUUAUACUAUUAAAAAUGCAGUAACAUUCUACUUGUUGGUUACAUUUAAGUUCUUAUGUAACUGAAUGUUUACAUGCCAAGAAAAAAGAGAGUUAUAAGAAAAGGCUGUUACAGGCCCCUCACUGUGACACUGCCAGAAUAGUGCUUGCUUACAGUCUUUAUAGUGCGUUUUUAUCACGUAACCUCAGAGUAUCUUUACCAAAGAUUUUUAAAGUAAAUCUCUUUUUAAUAUAGACUUAUCAUACUUUUAUAAUAAUGAAUGUGCACACCUACAUAUACAGAAUAUUUAGAUUUAGAUUUUUUUUCUUUCACAAGGUAUAAUAAGGAAAGGAUCCUAAAAUAUUUUAUUUCAGGAUUUCUUAAUUAUAUGAUUUAUAUUGCUUUCUUGUCUCCUAUUAAUCAUUUGGUAUCAGCAAUGCCAAAUCACUCUUUACUGUUUUAGCUACAUGAAAUGAUGCCUAUAACAGAUAUAAAGAUCCAGUGCCUUAAGGAUUAUAAUUCUACUGUCUUAUGAUAUAUUGUCUUGAUUGUUAUCAUUUAAAGACAUAGAUAAUAGAAAAAAAUCAUAGAGUCUAUAAGAGAAAGUUUGUAAAAAUAUACUAAAAAAUAUACUGGUUUAAAAAAAAAUUGUCACAAACAGAAAUAUUUGGUAAUUCCAUGUAACAUGAGAGAUGUGGAAAAGGAGGAAAAACCCACUGUGUCCUGGGUUCUGCAGAGUGUUUCAUGGUUAGGUUUCUCCACCACCUGGAUCCUCAGCUCAUACUGACUCAGUAUGGAGUCUCAUCUGUGAACAGAUUGGCCUUUAAAACUCAAAAUAAGUCAUGUGUUCCAGCAAAAUGCAUCAAAGCUUUGAGAUCCUGGACAUCUCUGCAGCUCAAUGACAUGGGUUCUUUUUCCUUUCAUUAAAAAAUUGUUUUUACCAGAGCAACUUCUCUGAUCAAAAUGACUUCAUUGUGUGUAUGCUGAUGAAUACAGUGGAGACAUCAACACUAUAACUGUUUCCUCACUAAGAUUCUGCAGAGAUGUUUGCAAUGAUGUUUCAAGUAUAUAAAAUUCUAAUUGCAUUUAAACAAGUAUUUUGUAUUUGGGUUCUGGGAAAGGAAGAGAGCAUUUUACCAUGGGGCUGUCGUAGAGGGUUUAUGGAAUAUAGACAGGACUCUGAAAACACAACUCCCAACAGUUUUCCUAGUUAAUAAAAAUCCUAUUAAUGUGAACCA